ACCGCGCACACACGUAUCACGGACACGGAGUUAUCAUCUUCAGAGCCGUCUUGUACAACCGAAAACCGGACCAAGAUUCCAACAUAAGAAAAGUGCGGCUCAGAAACCCGAAUGUGUCAACUCACAUGCUUGCUUGGCUAGGCACUCGACUCUUCAUAGGCUAGGUUAACUGUUGGCAUAUCGUCAAACAUCCCGCUCCCAAUCAUUAUUCCCUCCCCCAAGCCCUCGCUCUACAAGUAAGCGCUGGCGCAUUCACCCGAUACCAGUCUGAGAAUCGUCGCUGGUCUGGUCGCUGGUCGCUGGUCGCUUAAUACAGUCAGGUUGGAAACCUGUGGCAAGGGAUUCCCACUGGUGAUAAACACCCCAUCUUUCUGAUCUCCCGUGAUCUUUGCCACAAUCCCCACACCAUAAGAACCCAAGCUUACCAAAGCUCGGCCUUAACUCUCUCGCCUUACCCAACUGAUAGGCUUGGUCGAAAUCCCCGGUCAUCAGUCCACACGUUUCACCAUCAUCAUCUAUUUUUCACGGGCCGGGGCCCACCAUCCACCCCCCCUCCAGACAACAAUCAAUACGUUGAAAUCGGUUUCGGGGUCCCUGAAUCGUGCCUGAAGGGAUCCCCGCCCAAAGAAUCUCUCACAUGGCCGAACCGAGGGAUAUCACCACAGAAAUAGCUUCGUCUUCGGUCAGUGUGAGGGGUCGAGGUCGACAAGUUUCCGACCCUCUGAAUCGCGUGACUCCAACUCAUUCAGUCGCACGGGUAGGGGUAUCACAACCACAACAACCAAAGACUCUAAAGAACCUGGUUCGAAGAAGCCACACCAAGUCCAGACGAGGCUGUUUCCCCUGCAAAACGCGAAAGAUCAAAUGUGGAGAAGAACGUCCGUCCUGUUCGAACUGUAUCCCUCGAGGUUCAACAUGUGUCUAUCCAGCAGAAGCACGCGACGACCUCCAUGGACCAAGCGACUUCAGCAAUCGAGUCUUCAUCCCCUUUAUUCCCAACAUGCAGAAAUCUCCAGCACGCGCGGGCCCAACGUUAAGCAGCCUGGAAAUGCAUUCAUUCAACCACUUCCUCACCUCCAUGAAACACCCUUUACCAGUCGGCAACCAUUCAGUAUGGGUACACGAAAUCCCCCAACUCUCCGACCAACACGGGUUCUUGAAACACGCCAUCAUCGCCCUCGGCGCAUCCGAUCUCGCUCGAUCAAAACUCCCCACACCACCGGACUAUGACAUUCUCAAACAUCGAGGCCGAGCACUCGCCGGAAUGAACAAAACACUGAACAACGUCUCCACAUGGACAACCUACGGCUACGCCGACGCCCUCCUCGCAACCUGCUACGCCUUGAUCUAUCAAUCAGCCACCAUCCCCGACGGCAUGAACGAUUACUACACAUUAGUCCAAGGCUGUGCUCUCAUCACCAGUAAAAUCAUGCAAUCGAAUCUCAAAACCGUUCUCGCGGUGUCUCCCGAACAUCUCCAUUCCAAAGUCCUCUCUGGAGUCGAAUACAUUUCUGCGCAUUUAACCGACAUGUCCGUCCCUCGCUUCGCAUUACGGUCAUUAGAAGGUCUCCAGGCCGAUAUGACGCCCGAUUCGACGGAAUAUCCCUUCUGGCGCGCUCUUUGCGACACGUUAUCGCGAUUCGUCGAGGAUCCGGUAUUGGGAUACGCGCAUUCAAUUCUCGCUUAUAGUCGCUGGUACGUUCUUGCCGUGGGUUUGUUAGAUGGGCUAUCGGAUCCAGAUAACGACACGGCCGUGGCGCUAGCAGCAAUCUUCAUGGCAAACAUGGUCUAUCUCAAGGCUCUACUCCCUUAUCAAACCUGGCCGAAUAGCACAAUGCCACUUCCGUUGUCUACUCUGCGGCAAAUGGCGGAAUGGAUCGAUGUUAUCCAUGAAUCUAUUGGGGCCAAGCAACGUCAACAUCUCGCUUGGCCGUUAUAUGUGGCUAAACUCGUCUCUGCUCUUCCGGUUGAUCCAGCAGAUCAAAUUGCUCCUGCUCCUGCUUCAUCCUCCUCAUCCUCAUCUUCUUCCUCUUCUCACGAUACCAAGUCUCCGAAACGUCGAGUCUUGCAGAAUCUUCAGUCUAGCGCACAUAUGUUCCUUGGAGCAUGUCUCAUGGCCGGCUCUGUCGUCACAUCGUGGUUUGAGGAUUUUGUCACGGCAAAUCAUCCUCCCCCUAACAAAAGUCCUCCUAUCCGCCAGCUGUCGACAUGAUGACACCGUCUUUCAUCUCGUGCAUGCCUGGCACGAAAUCACAUUUCUAAACCACACCGACAUAUAUCAUCACCAACGAGAUGGAAUCACUCCGACGAGGACGAGGACAAACGAGGCACAUGUAUCGGUCUAUGAUUUCAUCAAGAUGAACAUGAGAAGUGUGCCCAAAUUUACUCAAAAAUUUACUACAUCUCACCCAGAGACCUUUUCUUUGGUCUGAGAUACCCGGCUUACAACUUGGCCUUGAACUUGGCCGCACCAAGCUCGUUUCGUUCGACACCCAGAGUCCUGAAGAGCUGAGCGCUACGUUCUUGCUGCUUCGCGAUUCGAGCAAUGAUAUCAUCCUUCCUCGUCUUAUUCUCUCUCUUGCCCAAUUGCUGAAGAUGGGCCUCAUCUGGACCAUCAGCAAUUCUCAGGGUACGGAGAUGAGCCCACAUGCUGGCCAGAGGGGUAUCUUGACAAACACCCAUUGCACCGUGGACUUGGAUGGCUCGGUCGAUGACUUCCAAAGCCACCUGGGGAGUCUUGACUUUGGCCUGGGCGAUCUCCUUGAGAGCGAACUUGGCAUCCUUUUGAUCGGUCUUGAUGGCGGCGUUGAGGACGAUGAGUCGGGCGGCAUCGAUUUCAAUUCGAGCUUUAGCCACCCAUUCGAGCAAGACACCGUGUUCUCGGAGGGGUUUGCCAAAGGGGACUUUGCGCUCGUCGUUCAAUCGGUUGAUCAUCCACUCCAAUGCUCGUUCACUGGCUCCGAUGGCUCUCAUGGCGUGGUGGAUGCGGCCAGGGCCCAAUCUUCCCUGCAUGAUCUCGUUGCCUCGUCCUUCACCGAGAAUCAUGGCAUCCAGGGGAACCUUGACGUUAUCAAAAGUAAUAUGGCCGUGGCCGUGAGGAGCGUCAUCGUAACCAUACACGCUCAACAUGCGGUGGACGAUGAGACCCUUGACAUCAGCAGGAACCAACAACAUGCUCUGUCUCUUGUAUGGGUCUGGGUUGUUGGGGUCGGUCUUUCCCAUGACGAUGAAGAUCUUGCAUCGAUCGUCACCAGCACCGGAUGACCACCAUUUGCUUCCGUUCAGGAGGUAGUGGUCUCCCUUGCGUUCAAUUCGGAGUUGGAUGUUGGAGCCGUCACUGCUGGCAAUGUCGGGCUCGGUCAUGAGGAAACCAGAUCGGAUUUCUCCAUUCAUCAAUGGCUUGAGCCAUUUCUCUUUCUGUGCGGCAUUGCCAUAUCGCGCAAUAACUUCCAUGUUUCCUGUGUCCGGGGCGGCGCAAUUGCAUGCCUAUUAGUUGAACCAGACAAAAGCUGUUAGCGUCGUCUGCGGCAGUAAUAACAAUAUAACAACAUGAUAACAUGAUUGUUUCAAAUCCAAGUAUGAUAUAUAUCUUGACAUACCUCGCUAGCAAUUGUGCUCUUGCCCAACUGUUCUGCCAUCAAACCGUAUUCCACGUUUGUGAAUUGAGGGCCAUCUUUGAAAUGGUUCUUGGGCAAGAACAUGUUCCAGAUGCCCUGGCUGCGAGCCUUGCGCUUGAGCUCAUCCAUGAUGCUGGGGUGGCCCUUCCAUCUUGCUUCACCGGUGCCGAUUUGGGCAGCGUAGACGGCUUCUGCGGGGAUGGCUUCUUCUUCGACGAAUUUCUCGACCUGGAAGGAGACAAAGGUUAGCUAGGUAUAACGAAAGAGGGGCAUCUAACAGAUAGCUAGAGUGGCGCUGACCUUAUCCAGGAGCUGUUUAGCCCUCUCCGAGACAAAGGGCACGACGAUGGGAGGGAUUUCUUGUGACGCAGGCAUUUUGGUAGAAGCACUGGAUAUUAAAUGAGGGCUGGUGUAUUUUGAUUUCGAAUCCUACUGCUCGUGAGGAGUCUCUCUAGGAGGAUAUAGGCAGAGAGAGAUGGUAACGUAGACGAGUCAAGAAAGAGAGGAGAGGAGAGAAGGUCAGGGUCAAGGAGAGUAAUAUUGAUUGCCUUGGUAAGAAAAGGGCCGAGGAUGCGCUGCCGCUUGCGUACCCGACACCGACACUGACACUAUUACUGUAACUAAAAAGUUACCGUGGGGGAAUCUGAGAUGGUGGGUGCUCUCAGUCACCGGCUAUUCGUAGCAAUGAGAAUUGUUUGGGUCUUUGACUCCGCGGUUGGAGAUCUGGGGAAGGGAAUCCAGAUGAAGAGGAGGAGAGGGGGAGAAUUGCUUGUACCGAGGUCUCGGCCAACUUACCAAAGGGGAAU